AUGUCGGUUCCGAAUCGAGAUUACACGAUGUCUGCGAUUUCUUGGCGACAGCUUCACCUGUCUCGUGCCAAGUUAAAGGCGAGCUCUCGGACCUCUGCUUUACUAUCAGGAUUCGCAAUGAUUGCCAUGGUUGAGCUUCAGGUGAACACCAGUGGAGAGGAUUCUAGUCAAGUGCCAACCUCUCUUUUGAUCACCUUUACGGCUUGUACCACUCUUCUGGUAUCUGUGCAUAUGCUGGCCUUGAUGAUUUCUACAUGCAUUCUUCCGAAUGUGGAGGCCGUUGCUUCCGUCAAUGGCCUAGUAGCGGUACACGAGUCACCGCACAAGAAAAUGCGAAUAUACAUUGAGAUUGCAUGGGCUUUCAGUACAGUUUUCGGUAUAUUUCUUUUCCUCAUUGAACUGGCAAUUUUGUGCUGGGUCAAGUUCUGGACUGUUAAGUACAAUAAUUAUAAAAGUGGACAACUAGCUGCGCUAGUAGCUACACUGAUUCUUAUUCCCAUUGGUAUUAUUUUUAUAAGUUUUGCCAUACAUUUCUACCGAACGCUUAUAACGCAUCAGUUUGAGCGGUCAGAAAAGCAUCUCCAGGAGCUAGAAGUCAUGGUCUCGCAGCUAGGUCAUGACCAUCCAUUGGCCAUGCAAACACAGCCCUUUCUCAGUAAUCACCGCUCUCCUGUAGUCGAGACGGUCUAA